GGCAGAGAAAAAAAGCGACUGUAUAGACGAGCGGUUCUACCCCUGGGUGUGGGUGUCUGUGAUGGGAGGUCUGGAUGGACGUCUUUGGAGUGUGCACCUAGGGGUGAGGGGUCUGUUGCAAAGAGGGGCGUGGCGGUCGCACCUGCGCGAGUUGGGCAAAGGAGGAGGAGCGAGGUGACGCAGGCGUAAUAAUAGAGAAGGUGCCAGAAAGAUUCAAAACAAGUGGCUGCGGCCGUCGCCCAGGAGUCCGCGGACGCCGGAAUCUGGCCCUGGUUCUGAGCUUGUUCCGCACCCCUCCCCUGGGAAUGGCGUUGUCCGGGUCGACCCCGGCCCCGAGCUGGGAGGAGGAUGAGUGUUUGGAUUACUACGGCAUGCUGUCGCUUCACCGUAUGUUCGAGGUGGUGGGCGGGCAGCUGACCGAGUGCGAACUGGAGCUCCUGGCCUUUCUGCUGGAUGAGGCCCCCGGCGCCCCUGGAGGCCUGGCCCGCGCCCGCAGCGGCCUGGAGCUGCUUCUGGAGCUGGAACGCCGUGGGCAGUGCGACGAGAGCAACCUGCGGCUGCUGAGCCAACUCCUGCGCGUGCUGGCCCGCCACGACCUACUGCCACAUCUGGCCCGCAAGCGGCGCCGGCCAGUGUCCCCUGAGCGAUACAGUUAUGGCAGUUCCGGCUCUUCUUCCGAAAGGACAGAGGGCAGUUGCCGGCGCCGGCGACAGUCGAGCAGUUCUGAUUCUCAGCCGAGUCAGUGGGACACAGGCUCCCCUCCAACCAAACGGCAGCGUCGGAGUCGGGGCCGCCCUAGCAGUGGUGCCAGGCGGCGGAGAAGAGUGGGCCCAGCAGUCAUGAGGCAGGAACAAGGAGGUGCUCGAGUCCGUGUGUGUGAGAGGCAUGGCCCCACCGUGGCCAAGCCACCAUGCAGCAGGGACCUCUUGCUUGUGUUUUUCAGAUGGGGAAACAGGCUCAGAGAGGUGAGGUCACAUGCCCGAGGCCCCACAGCUAGAGUAUGGCAGAGCUGGGACUCACUUUCAGACAUCCGGCUUCGGGUUCGAGCAGAAUACUGCGAGCAUGGGCCAGCCUUGGAGCAGGGCGUGGCAUCCAGGAGACCGCAGGCCCUGGCCCGGCAGCUGGAUGUGUUCGGACAGGCCACUGCUGUGCUGCGCUCAAGGGACCUGGGCUCUGUGGUGUGUGACAUCAAGUUCUCAGAGCUCUCAUACCUGGACGCCUUCUGGGGUGACUAUCUGAGUGGUGCCCUGCUGCAGGCCCUUCGGGGUGUGUUCCUGACUGAGGCCCUGCGGGAGGCUGUGGGCCGAGAGGCUGUCCGCUUGCUGGUCAGUGUGGACGAGGCUGACUAUGAGGCUGGCCGGCGCCGCCUGUUACUGAUGGAGGAGGAAGGGAGUCGGCGUGGGACAGAGGCAUCCUGAUCUUGGAUCUGGCAGGACUGACCCCACUUCCAAGUCUCCGGGCCACCUUCUUCCCUGGAAGAUGACCAUCUUGCCCCCAGACGACUGUCGCUUCAGCAGCUCUGAGGACUGCCUCAGGUUUGCAGGUUCCUGACAGCCUCUCCUGUAGGGUGUGGGCUUUGAGGCAUAAACCACUUCCAGCUGCUUCCUUCCCAAACUCCCCCACUCCUGGGUGGAUUCCUUCAGCCUUGGGGGCCAGGUUUGCUGAGCCCCAAAGCAAAAAGGCAUAGCCAGAGUCACCAAAGCUCCCUGAACAUCAUGUCACUCACCUUGGGCUGAUGCUGGCUGGCCCCACACACUUUAGCCUAAGGGCUUUUCUCUCAGGAUCUCAGAUUUUACUGUCCCCAUCAGGGCUUCAGUCACAGCAGUGUGUCCUGGAGCUGGGGUGCCUGUGGGCUUGCUCACCUUGCCCAUCUAACCAGCCAGGGCUCUGCCUGCUGUCCACACAGACACCCAACUCUCAUCACCUUCCCCUGCUCCCUGGAGCUCCAUGCAGACUUACCCUUGGACUCUUUUGACAAAGUAUCACAUGGGUUUUGUGGCCACAUCCAUUCGAGGUCAGCAUUGUCUACAGAGCUAGGGCCAGAACCAGCCACUCUCAAGGGAAGGCAAAGACUUGGCCGAUGGCAAGAUGUUUUACAAAUCGCACCAAUAAAACUGCCCUGGAAAGGGCAUAGGUGGGCA